GUGCCGUCAGGGAGCAGGACAUGGGAAUCACCAUGGCUCCGACGAUGCGGGUGCUGCCUCUCAGCUGCCUGAUGCUGCUCCUGCUCUGGAGAGCCCCGGGUACGGAUGCCCAGGCAGGUCAGGACUUCAAGGUGCAGCAACCCCAGCCCAAGGUGUCGGUGACAGCGGGGGAGAUGCUCACCCUGACCUGCACCAUGUCCAGAGACGGUCCCGCUGGUGCCGUGAAGUGGCUGAAGGGCUGGGGCAGUGGGAACGAGACCGUUUAUGACCAGACGGCCUCCUUCCCCCGCGUGACGAGGGCAGUGAGUGGGUCCGACACAGACUUCAGCAUCCACAUCAGGGAUGUUCGCCUCGAGGAUGCCGGCAUCUAUUACUGCGUGAAGUUCCGCAAAGCGCUGGGCGGUGUUGAUGAG